GCGGCGACGGCGGCGGCGGCGGAGGCAGCGGGGAGGCCCGGGUCGGGCGGCGGCGGCGGCGGGGACGCAGGUCGGGCCACGGCGCGGCGACCUCGGGUCCCGGAGCGGCCGCGGCGCAGCUGAGCAGCGGCCCCGCGGGUCCCGGUGCGCGCCCCUCCGCGCGCGGCCCCGAUGCUGGACAUGAGCGAGGCCCGCGCCCAGCCGCCCUGCAGCCCGUCCGGCACCGCCAGCUCCAUGUCGCACGUGGAGGACUCGGACUCGGACGCGCCGCCGUCGCCUGCCGGCUCCGAGGGCCUGGGCCGCGCGGCGAGCGCGGGGGGCGGCGUCCGGGGCGACGCGGCGGAGGCGGCGGACGAGCGCUUCCCGGCCUGCAUCCGCGACGCCGUGUCGCAGGUGCUCAAGGGUUACGACUGGAGCCUGGUGCCCAUGCCGGUGCGCGGGGGCGGCGGCGGCGCGCUCAAGGCCAAGCCUCACGUGAAGCGGCCCAUGAACGCCUUCAUGGUGUGGGCGCAGGCGGCGCGCCGCAAGCUGGCGGACCAGUACCCGCACCUGCACAACGCCGAGCUCAGCAAGACGCUGGGCAAGCUGUGGCGCUUGCUGAGCGAGAGUGAGAAGCGCCCCUUCGUGGAGGAGGCAGAGCGGCUGCGGGUCCAACACAAGAAGGACCACCCAGAUUACAAGUACCAGCCACGCCGCAGGAAGAGCGUGAAGACGGGCCAAGGAGACUCCGACUCCGGACCCGAGCUGGGCCCCCACCCCGGCAGCGCCGUGUACAAGGCCGAUGCCGGCCUGGGUGACCCGCACCACCACAGCGACCACACAGGGCAGACCCACGGGCCACCCACCCCACCCACCACCCCCAAGACGGACCUGCACCACGGGGGCAAGCCCGAGCUGAAGCUGGAAGGCCGCCGCCUGGCGGACAGUGGGCGUCAGAACAUCGACUUCAGCAACGUGGACAUCUCGGAGCUGAGCAGCGAGGUCAUCGGCAACAUGGACACCUUCGAUGUGCACGAGUUCGACCAGUACCUGCCCCUCAACGGCCACUCGGCCUUGCCCGCGGAGCCAGGCCAGCCCGCCGCCACCUCCUACGGGGCUGCCUCCUACUCACACUCGGGGUCGGCAGGCAUCGGGGCGUCCCCCGUGUGGGCCCACAAGGGAGCUCCUUCGGCCUCCGCGUCGCCCACUGAGGCGGGUCCCCCGCGGCCGCACAUCAAGACGGAGCAGCUGAGCCCCGGCCACUACGGAGACCAGUCGCACAGCUCCCCGGGCCGUGCCGACUACGGCUCCUACAGCGGCCAGGCCAGCGUCACCACGGCCGCCCCCGCCGCGGCCGCCAGCUCCUUCACCAGCUCGCAGGGCGACUACACCGACCUGCAGGCCCCCAGCUACUACGGCCCGUACCCUGGCUGCCCGUCCAGCCUCUACCAGUGCCCCUACUUCCACCCUUCUCGUCGGCCCUACGCCUCACCCCUGCUCAGCGGCCUCUCUGUGCCGCCUGCCCACAGCCCACCCGGCAACUGGGACCAGCCCGUGUACACAACCCUGACCAGACCCUGAGGGCGCCGUGGCCCCGGGGAGGGGACUGGUGUCGGUGCGGGACAGCCUGGAUCUCAGCAAGGACGGAUGGAGCCUCCGGUCUCGCGGAGGGGUGCGCUAGCGAGGGAGGGCUGGGGGCGGACCGGCAGGUGCAGGCUGAAGUGUGCCGGGAAGCCUCGCUUUGUAAUCCACGCGCUGCACGGGGCUUCCAGAUCUCCACGCUCCCUGCGGCCGGCCGACGGAGCCCCUUUCCCACGCUCUCUUCACCAUGCCUGGCGACUCUGGAACCAAGGACCGCCACCAGGCCCUCUUCCCUGCUGGCACCAGCGCCUUGGUUUUGCCUCUCGGUGGACGGAGCAGCCACAGCACAAAACAGAAAGGAGGGAAGAGGCAUGGGGUCUCCGGCCUCCUGUGCUCCAGGGUCCCCGCCAGCCUCACGAGCGUGGAGACCUCCAGGGGACCCCACUGCAGGAGCCCCUCUGGGGACCGGCGCAUCAGCUCUGAGGUGCUGCCUGCCAUCAAGGCUCUUCUUGGCAAGGUUUGGCUGCGACUAACACUUCUCUCUUUUUAUUUUACUUUUUUAAAUUUUUAUUUUGGAAGCUUAAACACAUUCGAUUUGUUUGGGAAGCUGUUGAAGUGUAUUUAUGUUCUGUAUUACUUUAUCUUUAAUUAAUGAAGUCAUUCGUGCUGUGAGUAGAAUUGAAGACAAAACAGAGGCCGGUGGCUGAGCACGAGGGCUGGGGGGACAGGUGGGGUAGCCCCCCCCACCCCCUGAGCUCCAGGCCCCUCCAGGAACCGCCCCCCCCGCCCAGGGAGGAGAAGGGAUUUGCCUUGCAGUGUCUCUGACCGGGCAGGGGCGCCCCGGCCCCAGGGCUGUGGCUCCAGCUGGUCGCUGCCCAGGACGGGGAUUUCCUGGGACGGGGUGGCUCGUUCAUCGGGGCUCUUAGGAACCAGACGCCACCUACAAGCUGUGAAGCUAAAACCUCGUCCACUAAAGUGUUUAGAGGCUUAGUCUUAGAGGAGUAACCCCUGCUUCCGCUGUGUGCCGAGCACUGACCGCGCCUACUUCAUGGAAACUUGUGCCUUUCAACUUUGUACAUAGAGAGACGUCUGAGAAGUCGCUUCUUUUUACUUUUUCUACUUUUUCCUACCUUUUUCUAGAAACAAUUUUUUUUUUUCUUUUUUGCCUGUCUCUUCCUGGGCGAGCGGGCAGGGAACUAUAUAGCUCAUUCUCACGCCGACUCUGCCGAUCCGCGUAGAGUCUGGCCUUCCGCCGCCACUACCUGCUGUGUUCUGCUGCUUUCUGACCAAGCAACGCUAACUUUCGUACAGACCAGUUUG